UUGGUAUUCUUAUCACUUAUCAGCCAUCCUGAUUGCAAGCUGGUUGUUAUCCAUGAUGACUAUAGCUUAACUUCCAAGCUGCCAAGGGAGAGAACUUCUGUUGUAACGAUAUCUGGCCUUUGAAGUACUUGGUUCCAUGUAUGAGGGAAGAUCUGUUUGCCAGGGUAUGCCUGUUACUUCAGUUUAGCCUUUUGGUUUCAAUUUGCACUUUAUAGAAUUAUACUGGCAGAAAAUAAUAGUUCUCUUUUCAUAGAAAUUUCCCAGUACAUAUUGUCAUAUCAAACUGACCAAUUUAUAUGUUCACUGUUCAGUGAUUUUGUUGCAAAACUGUACCAGUAUUGUGUUAUGUCUCAUGUGUAUUUAUACGUUAUAAUGUUAUACAUUCUCGCACAAGCAGAACUAUAGUAAACAUAUAAAUACAUUUUAUUGCUACAUGGAGUACAAGAGACAGUACCUUGUCGGCUCCCCUCCACAGGACAAUUCGCCGUCUCAUCCCGACUUUGUCGUCUGCCCACCCCGCCCCAUUACCCCAUGGAGGCACUAUGGAAGCAGGCCUCUAGGCUCAAGAACCAGGUCGCUCGGCAGGUUAGUCAUGCCCUUAUCCUCCUCUCGCAAACCGUGAUCCGCAUUUGUAACCAUAAUGGUGGACAUGAUAGAAUUGUUCUACAGGAUGCCCUGGCCAUAUAAUCUCACUUUUGUGCCUUUUUAUUGCUGAUGGCAGAAGAUAAGAAUCACUCAGACCAUGCCUUUUAUUUUCCUGUACAAAAGUUGGAGUUGAGUUUGUAUAAUGUUUUUUUCUAUAGUAUGUUGUGAAGCUAUCGUUUGUAUUUGAUAAAACAAAAAUACCGGUAUGUUCUAUUCUCUAUUAUGUUCUGUCUAUUGAGUCUAUGUAGGAUCUUCCUGCUGCUAUGGGAAAGAGAGGGGUGAAACUUGGCAAGGCAUCCUAUUAAGAGCUGACAGGGGUAAAGAAGCUAAAGUUGGAUGAGCAGGGCAUGCUUCACUAGCUUGUUAUUUUGCUCUACCCAUAUGGCAUGCCGAGUGACUUCAUUGAGGGUUUGGCUUAUAAAGAUACUCUCUCGCCCCACCCCUCCUUAAUUACAUGAUGCUUUUUUUUGGUCGAGUUAAAAUGUGUACAUGUUCAAGUACCUAUACUGAAUUUAUUGUAGUGGUAUCCUUAACAAACAUGUUCUCAGAAACUUCUUCACCAUUACAAUGGAAUGAGAACCACACUUACACUACGGAGCUUGUCGAACGCACCUGGACGUUAGCCGAGUGCAAGGUGCAGGGUCUACUCCGAGGGCAAGGCGCCAUGGCUCGCUGCACCACUAAAUGCAGCAGCAAUCGUCCACGUACUAUCUUGUGUGGAUUCUGUGCUCCGUAUCGCCUCCUACCAGGCCUUUUUAGCUCUUCAUCAGAAGCCCUGUGCAGGUUGGCUCAGGCUUCUUAUGUUUCAGGCUGAAGAGACAUUCCAGCGAGAAGAUCUAUCGGUGCAUAUUGGUUGUUUGACAACCAGAAUGUAAUGGCAAGAAAUUACCCUUUGCACAGUGUGGCAUGUGCCAUGGCACAUCAGGUGCAUUUAGAAAGACUGUAGAUGGGAAGUGGGUUCAUGCUUUCUGUGCUGAGUGGUUGUUGGACACCAAGUAUGUAAGGGGACAAGAUAAACCUGUAGAAGGAACGGAAACCCUUGUAGAGGGAAAGGACACUUGUGUCUGCCUCCACAAUGUUGGCGGGUGCUUAAGGUGUAGCAGUGGGGAUUGCAACAUUACUUUUCAUCCUACUUGCGCUAGAAGUUGUGGUUUUUACAUGAACACAAAAGGGUUUGGCACUACACCACAACACAAAGCAUACUGUGGCAAACACAGCGUACAACAGAAAGAGGCUGAUGCACAACAAUAUGGACCUGAGGAGCUCACGAGCAUGAAACGAAUGAGGAUUAGCAUGCCAGAUUUACAUUAUAUUGUUUCCCUGUGUUUGGUAGCAUAAGAAUGUUUGCACAAUUACUAGAAAUUUAAUGCAAAUAUUUUUAUAGAAUAUUUCAAAUGCUCGAAGCAUUUGGACAUCUACA